UUUAAUAUUUAAGUAUGUUGGGAGGGUUUUUGUAUGGUUGUAUGAAGGUGUUGGGGACAGCCCUGCUUGCCUUUGGGAUCUAUCUGGGCUAUUUUAUAGUGAUCAAGCCUUAUCUUUGGAGGAAGAAGUAUCAGAAAUAUUCUAAUGUGUUGGUUGGUGACAAGUUCAUUCCCGUUGUGGGAGACUCGAUUAAGGAACUUAAUAGUAUUAAAGCUAACAAAGUUCAUUAUGCACAUUAUGAAGAAGAUGCUCAUAUCACUAAAAAGUAUGACCUUAUGGCCAAGCUAGAGGGUUCAGUCCCCGUUAUAUUAGUCCUCAGUAGCAGAGCAACACAGGAGUUUUUACAGCUUCAGAAAAGAUCUCUCAUCGAUAGAUAUAACACUUACAGAGGACUUCAGGUGAUGUUGGGAAAAUCUAUAACUCCAAGAGCUACCACGCCUGAUGUCGUCCAGAGAAGGAAGAAUAUGACCCAAUGGCUUGGACUCAAUGCUUCCUCACAGUUUAUUUCUAGAAUGAUACAGCUCUGUAGAGAGACUCAAAAGGCCAUCAGCAAGCAGAACCAAGAUGUGGAUAUCAUGCAUCACUGAAAUAUCUGGACAUUCAAUGUUCUUACCCAGAUCAUCUUUGGAGAAGACUCAUCUAAAGUAAUCAAUAACUUCUAUCCAUACAUAAACAGUGACGGAUCUGUUGAGGAGAUUAACCUGAGAGAAAUGCUGAUUAGGGUUGCAAAAGUGUACCUAGAUCAACACUUUAGUCCAUUUACCAACAUGUUUCCUAUACUGAGCAAGUAUAAAUUUAUUAAUCCUUACAAGAGAGAUUACAAGAAUCUUCAGACAUUUGAGAAGGCUAUUCAUCACAUCAUGACUACAUCUAAGGAUACUUCCUCUGUUGGGAGCAAGUUCUUUGCCAACAAAGAAUGCACAGAUGAAGAGAAGGUGGGAGAUAUCAUUCUCAUCUUGGUGGGAGGAGCUGAAACUACCGCUCAUGCUAUUGUAUCCAGCCUGUAUCUGCUCCAAAAGAAUCCUGAAGCUCUUCAAAAACUCAAAGAUGAACUCACCAACAAUGGAUUGACCAGAAAUGAAGAUUUUGAGAAGAACUGCACUCUUGAAAAUAUUCAAAACUGUACAUAUCUUAAUUGCGUCAUUAAAGAAACUUUGAGAAGGGAAAAUCCAGCAUCAGUCACCUUCGAGUACAAAGUCAAGCAGGAUAUCCAGAUAUGUGGAGUGCCAAUCCAGAAGAACGAAGACAUCAGACUAGACAUCAUGGCUUCAAAGUUUGACGAUGACAAGUGGCUGAACCCUCAUAAUUUUGCCCCUGAAAGACACGACCCAGAAUCAGAAUUUUAUCAAAACGCAAAGAAGCUAGGCAAAGUAGCUGAUGCGUACACUAUGAGACCAUUCAGUCUUGGGAAUAGAAACUGCCCAGGCCAGUCCCUUGCCAUAUUAGAGCUGAAGGUGUUCUUAGCCUACUUCGUCACCCACAUUAAUUGGGAGUUCUCACAGGAAGACUUACAGCACGAAGGAAUUGGCUUCGCAAUGGGGACUCAAUUUGAGGCAAAGAUCAAGGUUUCAUCUAAAUAGAGAGAUAUUGGUGAAAUCUUGAUAUAUUCAGAAAUAUCCAUAAUGAAAAAUUCAUUAUUCAAGAUUCCAAU